AACAGCUUCUUUGAUAUGAGUCUCGAUGGGAUGAGUGAGAGGCUUGCUUCCCUUGACUUCUUCAACGAUCCAACACCUACCCUACCGUACCCGUUGGAACGCAAAUCUUCAGAUAUGUCUCUCCCGUUGGAACUCGUUACCUCUGCGCAUUCUUCACGUGCUGUCUCAGUACGCCCUGCCUUUCCACUUCACUGAGACUUGUUGCCGAGAAACCCGCGAUAACCUUUGUCAUGUCUCAGUGCAAAGAGGCAUUCCUCACUUGCCUGCCUCUGAGCUGACUACCACAUCCGGUUUAGCGUCAGCCCCGAUGAAGGCUGUUGUUGUGUGCAGGGGUACCCUUAUUUUCUGGGUGGACAAGACCCCUGAAGUGCGAACCGCCGUAGUGGGAGUGGUAAUUGUAAUGAGGUGAGGGAGGAUAGCCGAUAUCAAUGUCGCUUCUUUGAGUUGCGACCUUGUCAUUUGCUGAAGACGAAGGAGACGAUGGAGAGGGAAGAUGUCCCAGAUGGUGAUGGCCGUGAUCUAUUCGAGGCUUGUCGCAUCCCUUUUGCUUGCUCCGAAACACAACUCCCCUCGCCGGUAUUAACGGGACCCCUCAAACAUAUCUUUGUGUCGCCUAGGUCUCCAGCUGCUGGCCCUCCUCCAGCCAGUGCAAGUGGUGACUGUGGUUUUACCAUCCGACUGGUAAAUGACGACGGCGACUCUGAUCUGGAUAUCGAUGCCCAAGAACAGCAACAGCGUCAGGAUAGCGCCGUCGAACUGUCCUUUUCAGAGAUCCCUACAGAGCUGCUACAAUUCACCUUUGCCAACGAUACCUCUAGUGACAGGCCUGAUACUAGCUCCAGCGCUUCCACUAACAAUAAUACAAAUCACACCUCAACACCGCGACAAUCCCACUUCUCGACAGACGUCCUCCUCACUCCCGAUCCGACCCCUCCCGGUCUUCGCGCCACUCGAAAACCCUCUCCGGGUCUUGCUGCGAGAUUGAAGGCUCUCGGUUUCGGCGGCCAGCGCAAGCCUACAUCCCCGCCCCAACACCGGGAACUCGAGAUCGGCAAACUCCCCGAGGAGACACUGAAGAAACUCGACGAGCACCACUUGUCGCUUUCUCAAGCCCUCGUUAUCGAGCGACGCGGUCGUCCUUGGAAAGGUCGCAUUCCAUCAUCGUCGAGCCUGAAGGCAUCCAAGCUGUUCCAUCAUCACCACAAAUCAGAGGAAGCCCAGGAGGCCGCCCAUGAACAACACGCCACCAUCGGUGGUGACGUACUAGCUCAACAACAAGAACAUCACGAUAACGACGACAGCGCUUCCACUUCACCAGACAGCAACACAGAAAUGGACACCAACAAAUACCGACUGCCCGAUCAUGUCAACGGCAAUGGCGUCAAGGCACAACGAGACACGCGAUACGAGCAUAUAGCCCGCGAUUCACGCCGAAGUUCAUCACAGUCUUCCGACGAUGUGCCGCCCCCGCCUCCACCAAAGGACACAUACCCCUCGCAAUCACACCAGCGCGGCACCUCCAACAACUCCUCCAACAAUGGUGACUAUUUCAACCCCGACGACAUCUCCUUCAACCCUCUCGGCCUUUCACGCCCUCAAUCCGUCUACACCUUAUCUCGCGCCUCCUUCGCUGACCAGCUGGCCCAACUAACCUCCAUCACCCUUCCCGAUGCCGAGCUCCUCUCCAACAAGAUCGCCGCCAUCCCGACCGCCCAGGUAGCUACUCGGGCGCUUAUCGGUGCAGCCGAGCAGAUUCGCGGGUGGAUCUACAAAGCGUCCGAAGUGAUCGGCGGCCUCGAAGCCGACGAUGACGUGGAGUGGGCGGCCGCGGGCGGGCGCGAAGGAGUAGAUGAAGUCGAAAAGGCCAUCGUCAGGUUCGAAGAGCUGAUCAACAUUUACGUCGGAGCCAUCGAGGAGCUGCAGGAGCGAGAAGACGUAAACGAGGUGUCGACGGACGAUUUGCGGCGCGCGGUGGCGCAGAUGGAGAGCAUCUUGGGCGAGUGGGCGCGGAUCAGAGAGACGCUGAGAGCCGUCAAGUCGCAGGAGGAGCUGGCGAUGGAGUGGGAGGAGCUGUGGAACGUGGUGUUGGGCGAUAUCCAGAUGGAGGUGGAUGACUUGAGCAAGUUGGUGUUUGAGAUGGAGGAGAGGAGGCAUAAGACGGCCAUGUUGGCGGGGGAUGGGGUGGAUAUCGGGGAUUUGGAAACCAUCGUCGAGGAGGCGCCAACGUCCAUUGUGAGCAGGCUGCAGGCGGCUAAUGCGCAUGGUAACGGGAGGUUUAGUCUCCCUGGCUUUCCGAAUAGCCCGACGUCACCGCUGCCGACUCCGUCAACGGGCAUCUCUAUGGAUGAUUCGAGCUUGUUGGCGCUAUUUGCAAGGAUGCAGCCGCUUAGGGCUUCGUUGGAUUUUCUGCCCAUGAGGCUGGCGGGCUUCCAGUCAAGGGCGGAGGAUAUCUUCCCUACUGCUUCCGAUGAGUUGGAGAUGCGGAGGCACAGUCUCGAAGCUACGUACAGGAAGCUGGAGAAGGAUGCCGAGGCUCUGAGGAAGGAACUGGGCGAGGAUCGGUGGGUGUUGGUGUUCAGGGGCGCAGGCAGACAGGCGCAAAAGAUGUAUGAGUCGGUACAAAGGAGCUUGGAGAGGGUGAAGGAGGCAUUCGACACGGGAAUGCACUUGACGAACCAACCCAUGAUGAGCAAGAAGCUGGAAAGUUACGAGGCUAAGAAGACUCAUUACGGGCCUGCCAUCGAGAGGGUUCUGUCGAUUAUCGAGAAGGGUGUCAAGGAUCGGUUGACGGUCAACGGAGAGAUUCUGCGUCUGCAUACUGAGAUGCAGGCCAAGUGGAAGGAUCUGAAGGAGGAGAUGGUUGAUGUGGAUGCGGUGGUGGAAGAGCUCUACUCGAAGGGACAACAGUUACGGGAUUCUGUUUCCAGCAUCUUGUCCAACGACAGGUCUCCAUUCGGUAGCGGCCAUGAGACUCCCCAGAGCUCACCACCUUCGUCCGUCAUUAUGACCGGCCGGAACGCUCCCCCCACUGCUCGGUCCAAGUCUCGGCAGGCGGGUACUCCUGGUAGCCAACUCCCGAAACCCCCUGCCUCUCGCCGGCAGUCAACCGUUCCAGCUUCGGCCUUAACCGUCACCCGCAAAGCCGCACCAUCCAAUCCCCGCAUGUCCACCAUCUUUGCCACUACCCCGGUAAAGACGGACUACCGCGAAAGACCAGGCACAACUACUCCUUCCACCUCCCGCUCCGCCCAACCCCCUCGCCCAUCCUCCAAACUCGACAACCGUCCUCGUUGGAACGCUACCUUUAGCCCCUCCGACGUCGACACAGGUCAUAACUUCAAGCCUCUGAGCCUAACCACCCCUUCGCCCUAUGCCAGGUCUACUUCCUCCUUGGGCCAGUCCUCCACUUCCAAGUUACCGCAAACCCGCUCUCCUUUGAACCGCGCUACCACCGCUUCUCCUUCUGUCGACGGCUCGGACUUACAGAGUCCCACCAUCAAAAGAGCGAACGCCACGGCAUCAAAAAUGUCCUUCCGCGACCGCAUAUCCUCUCCCGGUCCUUACUCUCAACAAACCCUCUCCAAGAGCGUUGGCCCCAGCGUUGCCAGACCAACCGCCACACCACGCCAGUCCAAGACUUCACACUCUUACUACCCCCCCUCAUCCUCCAACACCAGCCUUCACUCCUCCGGUGGCCGCGAACGCGUCGAACCCCCCACCGGCUCCGGCACCUCCAACAUGCGCAGCAACCCCAAGCGCCAAUCCCUCCAACCACCCCGCAUGAGCGAACCCAGUCUCGCGGUAAGACCAGCUAGUUCCAUGGCUACCUCGCGCAGACAGAGCAUGCUUCCACAGCCGACUUCUCGCAUGGGAAGGGCUACUACCCCUGGAUUGACGGGAAGGGAAAGCCCGCAGGCGGUGGCGGGAGCGAGACAUGCGAUGGGUAUGGGGACGAGCACUAAUACGGUUGCGGCGGGGAGGAGGAGUGGAAGUAGUUUGGGGCUGGCGAGUAGGAGCGGGAGCUCGUUGGGGAUGAAUGCGGUGGGGAAGGAUGGGAGGCCUAGGUGGAGGAACCCCUAAGUCUGGAGUGGAAGGGUGAUGACGGGGAUGAGGUGUGAGGAGGGAGGAAAUAGGAGGAGAGGAGAGAGAGAACAAGGGAAGAAGAGGGGGUCCGAUGUCUGCGUUGUUUUUUCUCAUUGUUUUUGAUCCCGUGCUCUUCGCUGCUCUUCACACAUACCCAAAGCACUUUGCCAUAUGAAAACUAGCAUUGCAUAGCUAUGGCGUUUUUGUUUUUGUUUUUGUUUUCUGAUUCGAUAACUAGCACUGAUGUAUAAUUUGGCAUAAAGACGGGAGGGAUGGAGGGAUGGAGGGAUCUGGCGGGAUCUGGAGGGAGGAUGAUGGAGACGGGACUCGGAGGCGUUACUACCUACAGUACCUAGCUUUACGUUGCUUUACUAUAUAGGCUUCAUUAUAUUCAUUGCAUCU